AUGGGUGCCUUGGAUAAUCAUUCACUCGAUGACAAAAGAGUGGGUGCUCUUGCUAUCCCUGUUCCUUCAUAUUCUCCUCCUGUCUCAGCGUUAUCCCUUUCGUCUCCAUCAUCUGUCUCGCGUUCGGCUAUCUCAAAUACCGCUGAUAACUCAGGAGAAAGUAGCAUCAGUACAUCGGUCAUGUUUUCCCCUUUGAAGGUGGGAAGAGAUAUCGAGCUUGGAGGCCUAUGCGGGUCAGAACAGCGGCCGUCCUUGCACGAUCUGUCCGUUGGUGAUCAGACUUCAGGAGAUUCUACUCUCGUGGCGCAUGGAAGAUCAGACCAUUGGGAUUAUGUUGAGCUGGGUCCACAAUGUUCGGAACAUAAAGUGAAAGCCGAGGCCAAAUCUAAUCGUAAGAUUGCAGAUUUAGAAAUCACCAAUCGUUCGCUUCUUGCCAUUAACGCGUCCUUGGAAAAUACAAAACAUCGGCAAGCGAAAGAAAUUCGUGAUUUGCGCAGGAAACUAAGAGACUCUCGGCUGAGUUUGUCCCCCGGGACUUUUCGCGUUCUCAACUCUUCGCCAUAUCUCAGCGAAAGCGACCAUGACGAAGAGGACGAGGGUACUGACAAUGGAAGGAAAGGCAAAGGUGAUGUUUUGUAUGAGAAGAUUAAAAUGAUGCUGGAGGAAUUGAUAGUGUCUGGGGAAAAGGCCCUCGACACAGUAGGGAAGACAGAGAAGACACGAGAGUAA